ACACAUGCACACUGAGCGAGCGCCACGUCUAUCUCACACGCCAGACACGGCCGGUCAAGAAAAAAACGUGUGGAGGGAAGGAGAUAUGAAAAUGUUUUGAAGCCUGUGGAGUGUUUUAUUCUCAAAGAGAUCUCCAGCUGCUUCACACCACCGAGGACCCACGCAGCAGACAGACGCCGAGGACUGUGAUCUCAGCUGUUUUCAUUUUGUGACAUGGAAACAUGGACAAAUCAAGAGAUCAUGUGGAAGCCUUCCCUCAGGAGAUCAGACAACAACAGGUCACUGCCGGGCCAAGUUCACCAGGAGACGCUGCAGAGGCCUGCAUCUCACAGCAGCCCACACCCGUCCCUGAAGCGGGGACGCGUCAGGAACAAAGGGGGGCGCUGUUUCACAUGCAGGAGGGAGAGACGUCACAGUCCAGGGGAGUCAACAUCUACCAGCAUCUACCUUCAGUAGAGGAACAUGAGCCAGGAGCUGGUUCAGAUGAAAAACAACAGCACAGCAUAGACGUCAAGCAAUUAGAGGACAAAGAAACACAAGUCGACAUGAAAACCAACAGGGAGGCCGUUAAAAGACAAAGACAACUGACACGUCAGAUGAUGGAAGCGGUUGAACAACAGUGGGAUGAAUCGCAGACACAGAGAAAUGAAAUUGCAUUCCUGAGGACAAAGACAGAACAGCAACACAGGGACAUAAACAGACUGACAGCUGAAAACCACGAGCAGUUCACGGCAACGAAAGCACUGACAUUAAAGAUGGAAAAAGUUAUUGAGAAACUCAAGGAGAACAAAAGUGAAGCCGCUCAAGAGAAAAUGCAACUCCUGAAAAUACGAGCGGAGAUCGACCAGGAAAGAAAAACUUUGGACAGACAACGCAAUGAGAUCGUCACUGAGCGCUGCAAGUUGGAAAUGAUCAAGUACGGUGAGUCAAAAGAGGAAAGUAAGACACACAAAGUGCUCACGAUAAAACCAAAUCAGGAGAUGACGGAGAGACUGCGUGCUGACCGUCUGCUCCGUGCAAUUCAUGACGCAAAACUGGCAAAAGAACAACUUGAGAGAAGCAUAAAAGACAUAAAUCAAGAGCUACAAAUAAGUAAAAACUAUAUUUCAGAACACAAAAGCCACAUUGAAGACGUCAAACGUAAUUUUAAUGUAUAUAUCAACAAGAUGAAGCAAAAGUGGACACGGAAUCCAAGCGAUAGUGAAAUGCAAAGAGUCCCAGAGGUGGAGCAGAGAGUAGGACAUCAAGAGAGACAAGACACCUCGGACAGUGUGAGAGUAAAACUCGGCAAAAUCUGGGAAGAGAUGGAGAAAGGUUGGGAUGUGUUGGGGGACAAUGAACGACGACUGGAAAUGACUGUGACAGAGAAGCUGGAGCUGAAACCUGACCUUGAAGAAAGCACGAGACAAGAAAUGAAAGCUAAUAUUGAGCAGGACAGAAAGACGCUAGAUAGAGACAGACAGUUGGCUAAAGCAGAAAUGGACGAAUUAAAAUCUAUGAGGGAGAGUAACGAAAGGCUUAAACAGGAGCUGGAAGAAAGGUUCCAAAAGACAAGGAGAGAAAUAAGAGAGUUGGAAGUGCUGAACAAUGAGAUUGAAAUGAAGAAGAAGGAGCUGGCAAAAAUGAUAAGACUGAGCAAAAAAAAUAAAGAGACGAAGAAAGAGACCGAACACGCUACACGGGACUUGAAGGACAGACAGGAUACGAUGGCGGAACAGGUAGAGACACCAGAAGUGAACCCAGCGGUCAUGCAGAAGGUCAUUUUCGACGUACAAGAAACUCGAAAGCUGCUGCACAUGAUCAGAGAAGAUGCUCAGCACGGGAAGAGAGUCCUCGCAGAAGAAGUAAAAUGGGAGAACUUUCAACAGAAAAAGAAGAAGAGGAAGCUGGAACAGUGGAUGGAGAAGACGACAAAGGAGAGAGACGAGUUGGAAAUCAUGAAGAUACAGAUGCAGCGGCGAAGAGAGGAGGAUGAACAGAAACUCAAAGACACAAUAACCACGUUAGGGAUGAUGGGCGAUGUGAAAGACAACAUGGAAAAAGCUGUGACAGAGAUUAGCAACACGCGGGAGGAAAUGCUCAAAGCCCAGAGACAGAUGGAAAAGAACAAGGAAGAUGUCAGAACAUUCAUGGACAAGCUGAGUUCCUUGAGAGCUUGGGCCAGCAGAUGGAUAUCAACAGAAUCUGCGAUCAGAAAUUCUCUUUCAGAGAAUAAAUCUCAACUUCAAACGCCACAGAGGGCAACACACAGAGAAUCUCAUAUGGAGCAGACACAGGAGGUUCCAGCAGAGGAAGAAGACAGAGUAGAAGGACCAGGACCAGUACCAGGAGCCGGAGCCAGGAACAGGACCAGGAGGAGGACGAGGAGCAGCAGGGACAGGAGCAGGACCAGGACCAGGAGCCGGAGCCAGGAACAGGACCAGGACCAGGAGGAGGACGAGGAGCAGCGGGGACAGGUGUGGUAACUGCUGCUUAAAAAUGAUCCGCACAUUUCUUAGAUGUUCUGUUGACGCUCUGUUCACACCUGCUGUUAACAUCCGACCUGAGGGAUCCGAUCACAGGUGUUCAGAUUACACCUGCUAAUGCUAAUGCUAAUGUGACGUCACUGCUCCACAUGUAAACACACACACCUUUCAUUUCACUUUCUUUAUUAAAAGGAACAAAGAAACCGGAAAAUGUUCAACAUUUGUAAUAAAACAAAAAACAAUUCAUCGAUUAUUAAAGUAUUUGACAAUUAAUUUAGUAAUGGUUUAAUUAUGCAGUAAUCGUUGCAUCUCUACUUGUUUUAUAUUUUUCUAAAUAAUCAUCACAGACACCAUGAGAUAUACUUAGACAACAGCGCUCGUGAAAGUGAGCACUUGGCACUACCUAGUGGACUGAAAUGUUCAUUUAUUUAGUUAAUUUUUAAUGACGUUUAUUUGUAACAUCAGUUAAAAAAAACUAUACGCCAUAUUUCACUGUAUUAGUUUUUCUACUAAUAAUUCUCUCAAACAGCGUCACAUCCUGUGUGUAACCGUAGCAACCACAACAACAUUAGCUGGAAAAGUCGCACUAUUGUAUCGAUGCAGUUUCACGUCAGACACUGCAGACGCAUCAGAGACUCGUCGCAUUUAAACUUGUGUUUAGCACACUUUCUGGAGCAAACCAUCACUCUUUCACCUGUGAUUUCAUCCCCUCACACGGACGUUAACAGCACUUGUCAACAGAGCCUCUGUUUAAU